UACACUCGUGUACCACUCGUCUGCUAGACAUCCACGAGUUUUUCUUUUAUAAACGUGUUUGGCGUCCAAUUUCCUUUUCAUCAAUACGUUUCAGUUAGUUAGUUGCGAUGGCUGUUGAGAACUUCGGAAAAGAUAUCGGUGCUGAUGGGUUGCUUGCUGCAGCCUCCGUGCUGGAAAGACCAGCCGAGGAAUUCGUGAAUGACACUAUGAUAGAAGAAUUGUGGGCUAUAAAAGCAUUUGAACAUGCAGAAAUCUACUUCAAUUUGCUGAGCUCUGUGGAUCCCAAACUCUUAAGAUUGACCAAACAUGAUGAUCAACUCUACAAGCAUUUCCGUGAAACAUUUCCUGACCUAAAUGUUGCCACAGUUACUGAAGAUCAACUUAAAUCUACUGAAGCCAAAGAUGUUUGGAGAUCUUUUUGUGAAGUUUACAAAGAGAGUGUUGAAGACUACAACUAUGCAACACUGAUUCGCCUAAAUGCAGCCCAGGAAUACAGUGAAGCAAAUUCUAUGAUUGUACCCAGAGUACAGUUCUUAGCUAUUGAGCUUGCUAGAAGCAGGGAGGGGCACAAUGAUAUGAUCAGAUCCAACUUCAAACCUAAAAAACUACAAACCAGAUCAUGAAGUUGCAAACAAAUGGAGUACAAACGACCUACUCGAACUGUGUUUUUCUCCGAGGUGAAAUAAAAACGAAAUAUGAUUAUUGUAAA